GUGCCGUCCCAUUAAGCACGGAUCGGAAUGACGGAACGGAUUCUGCUAGAGACAAUUCUAGUGAAUUCUUGAUCCGGCUGUUCCAUCCGAUCGGAACGUGUAUAUUCCUCAAUUCCGGACUGAUCGGGCGGGUGUUUCUGUCCGCACAAGUUUUAAAACACCAUUGUAUUGGAAAAACAUCAUUAAUAGACCUAUUCUGUAACUCUUAACGACAGUUUGGUAUCGUUACAUUGUCGUUGCGCAACAAUUUUUUUGUCAUAUAAUAUGUGCGCAACGACAAUGUAACGAUAUCGACACUGUCGUUAAGAAUUAUAGAAUAGGCCUACAGGGUAUGAAGUUUUAUUCCGAAUUGUCUCAAUUCACGUAAUAGUGUGACAAGCUGAAAUUCUAUACCGAGAUGAGUACCAACAAUCACGGAAAAGGACCGGCUGUAAAAUGCGGUUACUGUGGGUGGUUAAUGUUCGGGUCCUGUGCGGGAAUUAUAGGCCAUGACUGCUUCAAAAGCUAUGAUGAAGAUAUUCAUUUUAUUGUUGUCGAUGAGAAGGGUCGUGCUACAAUGAGAGUGAAGGAAGUAGAAGAAAAUAUAGCACCACCAUCAGAGAGUAACAAUGAGUCUACUCCGUAUUCAACAGAUAUAAUGGACGAGAUGCUCAUCGAUGCCGUAGAGAAGAGACCAGGUCUGUGGAAUCAAAAAUUGCCAGUUAAAAGGCGAAGUCCUUGUGUACGAGGAGAAUUGUGGGAUGAAGUUUUCAAUAAUCUUGGUUUUAAGGAUGUAGCGUGGAUGAAAUCUCGGUGGACGUACCUGAGGGACUGCUACUCAAAAGCUCGCAAAAAAAUGAAAGGUUACGUACGCAGCGGAUCGUGUGCGGAAGCGGGGCAUCCGCAAAAAAGUACAUUUCGUUUCUAUUCAAGGAUGCAAUUUCUAGACGAUGCUGCACAAGAAACCUCUACAACGAGCUCUCUACCACGGAACAUAUGUCGUGACGAAGAUAGUACAAUGAACCUGAACGAUUCGGAAUCCCAGGAACAUAAUGUGUCUUCUCCUAGAAAUUGUUCCACGCCAGACACUCCUGAAAGACCGGAAAAUUCGGCUAAUUGCAGACCACGAGAAAAAAAAAGAAAACAGGAUGACUCCGAUACGCAGGCACUGCAUAAUAACAUAUUGCAGCAGUUACUUGGUGAAAAUGCACCAAAGAAGGAUGCAGUAGACAGUUUUCUGGAGCAGGUGGGAGAUAUCCUGCGUAGAUUAAGCUAUCUCCGAAGAAGGCAACUACAAGUAGAGCUGCUGCAGCUCGUUCACAGAGCAGAAGACAAACAAUUAGCGGAAGCGGAACUUCAUAGGCGAUAAAUUUUUUGUAUUAUUAUUAUCUUUAUUUUUCUACCAAUACAUUUUAUAUUAAAACAUUUAUUUCUAUUUCAAUAAAACGUGAUAAGUAGUUCA